UGAUGAGCACGUCUUGCAUUUUAAAUCUUUUCGGGGGCCUUUAACCGUACGAUGGCGUCGAAUAAACACACAGAGAGGAAAAACGUCCCUUUUGUUAUGGAGGAAACUAAUAAACUUCAGUUGUGUGCUGCUGUUCGAUCCGGUCUCUUUCAGUGCAACGGCAGCACAGACGUUACAGCCGCGUUCAGUCCUCGCAUUAAGUUUAGCCGUUGACCUGUCAUUUCCCCCUGCUGACAGUUUCAGAGAAGUCUCCGACUCGUGUGUAAAAGAUUGACGUACGUAGGAACAACAGACAACAGCGCCCCCUGGACUAACGUUACAUGACUGAGCCCUGCAUCACGCUGGGAAUAAAAGCUCCAUCAUCCUUCUGCGAUACGAGCAUCGUUUUGGUGGAGCUAGGGCAUCCUCCCAACCCCCGACACCCAUGACUACCGACUAGGGUCGUUCAUUAACAGACAAACAGAGGGUUAUAAGGACAGUAUUAUGGCGAAGCACCGUAAAGACAGAGACAGCUGGGGGUCCCUCGGUGACAAAAAUGUAUAUGACUGGAGCUCAGAGGAGGAGGAGCCAGACGGACGAGCCCGGCCUGUGCAAGUACUGCUGGUCAAAGACGACCACACCUUCGAGCUGGAUGAGGCGGCUCUGAGCCGCAUCCUGCUAGCGGAGGAGGUCAGGGACCGUGAGGUGGUGGCCAUCUCUGUGGCCGGAGCUUUCCGAAAGGGCAAGUCCUUCCUCAUGGACUUCAUGCUGCGUUACAUGUACAACCACGCAUCUGAAGGCUGGCUCGGAGAUGCAGACGAGCCUCUGACCGGCUUCUCCUGGAGGGGGGGCUCAGAGAGGGAGACCACCGGGAUCCAGAUCUGGAGUGAGGUCUUCCUGGUGGACAAGCCAGAUGGAAGAAAGGUCGCUGUAUUGCUAAUGGACACACAAGGCACGUUUGACAGCCAGUCAACGCUGAGGGAUUCAGCCACUGUAUUCGCCUUGAGCACCAUGAUAAGCUCCAUGCAGGUUUACAACAUCUCACAGAAUGUACAAGAGGAUGACCUUCAGCAUUUGCAGCUUUUCACAGAGUACGGCAGACUAGCUAUGGAGGAGACUUUCCUCAAACCAUUCCAGUCCAUGAUUUUCCUCGUUCGAGACUGGAGCUUUCCAUAUGAGUUUCCUUAUGGACAGGAGGGAGGCAUGAAGUUCCUCGAGAAGCGACUGAAGAUCUCAGAGAACCAGCACGAAGAGCUGCAGAACGUGCGUAAACACAUCCACUCCUGCUUCACCAACAUCUCCUGUUUCCUGAUGCCUCACCCGGGCCUCAAAGUGGCCACCAACCCACACUUUGAUGGAAGAAUUACAGAGAUCGAUGGCGAUUUUUUGAACAACCUGAAGGUUCUGGUCCCCUGGCUCCUCAGUCCUCGUAACAUCGAUGUGAAGGAGAUCAAUGGCAGCAAAAUCACCUGCAGAGGACUGGUGGAGUACUUCAAGGCAUACAUCAAAAUAUACCAAGGUGAAGAGCUGCCACAUCCAAAAUCCAUGCUGCAGGCCACAGCAGAAGCCAAUAAUUUGGCAGCAGUAGCGGCUGCAAAGGAUCUGUACAACAAGAAAAUGGAGGGGGUUUGUGGGGGUGACCGGCCCUUCCUGGCCCCCAGCGAGCUGCAGGCCCGACACAGCGCCAUCAGAGAGGAGGCACUGCAGGUUUUUCGGGGAGUGAAGAAGAUGGGAGGCGAGGAGUUCAGCCGCCGCUACCUGCAGCAGCUGGAGGGAGAAAUUGACGAGGUGUUUGUCCAGUACAUCAAGCACAAUGACUCCAAGAACAUUUUCCACGCAGCCCGCACGCCGGCCACCCUGUUCGUGGUCAUCUUUGUCAUGUACGUGGCCGCAGGCAUCACAGGCUUUGUGGGCGUGGACAUCAUUGCCAGCUUGUGUAACAUGAUCCUGGGUCUGGCAUUGAUCACUCUCUGCACCUGGGCCUACAUCCGGUACUCUGGGGAAUACAGAGAACUCGGUGCCGUCAUCGAUCAGGUGGCCGGUGCACUCUGGGACCAGGGGAGCACAAAUGAGGCUCUCUACAAGCUGUAUAAUGUAGCGGCCAAUCACAGGCACCUGUACCACCACGCCUUCCCUGGGCCUCAGGUGGACGAGGUUGUCGAGGAGCAGGAAAAGAAGAGGGACUGAUCAGAUUAGACAGCAGGGACUUUCUGGUGAUGGACAGGAGGAGGGAGGAGGAACAUCCUCACCCAUCAGGCACUCUUUUAUUCCAGUAUUGGCUGGUGCUGCCCACCAGUUCAUCCACUAAUUUAAACCCUAAUAACGGACUGUAUAAUGUUCAUGUAUAGGCAACGUCAGAGCAUCUUGACAGCGGGUGCCUGCUUUCAAACGAUGGAUGCCAUUUAUCAUUGUCUCUCACUCUUUGUGUGUGAAAAAAUAACACCUGUACAGAUACUGUAGUCACUCUGCCAGAGGAGACCUCGGCAUAUCCAACCUCCAGUCAGCUGUUGAUUUCAUAUCAGACGGGUUUUUCCAUUCCAUUUCCAUUUGCUGACGGCGAUUUUCAAAGUAUAGCCAAAAUCUGUGAAAUCCCCAUUCGUGACGAUUGUUCUGUUCUUUGAAGUUUAGUGCUGUUUAUAAGAAACAAUAUCUAUGAUCUGCGAUGUUUGAAAGCCAAAAUAUGUACUGUAUGUUAAGUAAUGAAGCGUUACAAGCAUCAUCAGCAUGGUAAAUGGUUAAUGUUUGUCAUCUUUAAGCUCUUAAACCAGGUAUACUUUAUAAAAAAAUAGUUUAAAUUGUUGUGACAAAGUAGUGUUGUGCCAUAACAUGUAAAAAUGGUUUCACAUCUAAUGCAGCCUGGCUACAUGCUGACGCUCAUUGGUACAUUUAUGAGUUGUAUACAGUUUUGUUUUGGAGGUUGGUGUUACUUUUGACAGAGGUCUAGAUCAGGGAGUUGCUUUGUGCUGACAUUUCCUUUCAAAUAUCAGCACAGGGCGGAAGGACAAAAACAAGAGUACACAGUUCAAAGUUUACACAACAAAGCUGACAUUAUCUCUCACACUGUAGUCGACUCGCAGUGUUGUAUUUACGCAGCGUCGCAGCGACCCUCUGUAUGCGUGUUUGGUCUUUGAGGUUGAGGGGAAAGAGCGUGUUUGCCUUCCAUUGUGAUGUAGAGGUUGUGGGUGAAACCAUUGUUGUGUUUCUCUCUGAACGUUCGAGCAAAUCCGAGGAAUGUAGCUAUUCUGUGGCCACUGAGGAAUCAAAGCUAGAUGUUAUUAGGCGGGGGCUGACAGGCCUGCUUUGGAAAAGGAUCCUCAUUCCACAUCUCUUUCAUUAUCUUCACACACUUAGGUUGAAUCAUCUGUGAAAAAAAACAACUGUUGCAUGGUGAAAGAAGCCAGGCCCCUGACUUUUUUGUGUUUGAAAAACAGCUUGCAUUUGUAAACAAAAGGCUUGUAUUGGUGACAGCACUUUUUGGUGUUUGAGUACGUUGGCUUAGUAGACUGUUACUGUACUUUUGUAUAACUGUGGUUAUUGUUCUAAGCUCACUGAAUAACCCAGAAUCAUAGAGCUCAUUGUGAAAUGUCUGCAUCACUUACAGCUGCAGCGUUGAAAUGCUUUUUCCCCUCCAUGUAUAUCUGGCCACCAACAGCACAGGAACACUGUCAUGCACAUUUAGCAAGUUUAUGCUGAGGUUUGACCUCAAGGGUUGAAAAUUUAAAGGCACUGCAGCAGAGUGGUUUCUUGAGUCUUCCACAAUGUGUAAUCAACAUCAGUGAGGCUUUCACACAAAGAAUCGUCUAAAGUUUAAGAUUCGUGAGGUUUUAAAAUCCCAUUUCUUCAUGGCUGUGUUGAAGUGUCCAUUCAUAAGUCAGAAAAGUAUUGUUUACAUUGUGUUGUGUUUACACUCCAAAUUAAGUAACAUUUGGAAGCUUUUAUUUGUCAAGAACAGAACAGGAAUAUGUGUCAAAACAUUAUUCUUGGAUUUAACAACUCAUUCCUAAAGCCGCCCCCAUCGAAAAUUUUUAAUCAACUCCGGAUAUCGUGGGAGCCUCUUUGUGCUGAAAGGCCAACUGAAUCAACCUCUUCCAAGUCAACACUGCUAAGUUUCCGCACACGCAAUGCAAACUUUCAGUCACGAGGAAAUAAUAAAUAAUAAAGUUGGACCAAAUUAAUGGAAACUAGACUUGAGCAAUGUCUUUAAAAAUUCCCUCCAGUUUUGUUCUAAGACAUAAAAAUAAUUUGGUUUGAAUAAUAAUUUGUGCCCGAUAGGUUUAUAUAUAAAAGUGAAAUGAACCUGGUGAAAAUUCUUAAAAUUACAUUUACUCCGUCUCCCUCAUUGAAAAAUCCAGGAAUGAUGAAUUUGAAAAUAUUUUUCUUUUCAAAAGUUUAACUGCAGCAGCAGAGACAGGAUUUGUUCUACCUUACUGAAAAGUCCCAUUCUCAGUGUUUGUGACCUGGAGGCUUCUGGUUUUCACAUUAUACUGGACUGUGAUUGGCUUCCAAAGUAGUUGUAAUGUUACAGAAUCAUCUUGUACCUAAAUGUCUUAAACUCAAGAUUUAAGGUGAGAAGAGAGAAACAUUUCCCCCCUUCAGCAAAUGAAUGUGAAAACAGUCUUCUUGUGUCAAACUCUGCACGAACAUCAUUCUGCACUCUGAAGCUCAAAUGUCAAAGUAAAACAACAAUAAGCAAACACAUUUUUUAGUGGAGGGGGGCUUUAAGCCUGAUAUGGUGAGAUAUACAGAAGUAUCUGUAGUAUGUACACUGUAUUGCCAGUUUAUUAGGUACACGCAUCUAAAACGA